GUUACGCAUCCUGCUGUCGCUCUACUGACGUCAGGGCGACGCACGACGCGAACCCGGAAGUUAAACAAGGAGCCUGAACCAGUCGAGCGGACGUCUGUGAAUCAUACAGGAUGUCUCAGUGGGGGGCCAUAUUCUCGAUCGUCGCGGCCAUCGGCGGAGCAGCUAUGUUUGCUUCUGUGCACAAGAUAGAGGAGGGCCACACCGGCGUCUACUACAGGGGAGGAGCUCUGUUGACCACCACCAGUGGGCCGGGCUUCCACCUCAUGCUGCCGUUCAUCACCAGCUACAAACCAGUUCAGACGACCCUCCAGACGGAUGAGGUGAAGAACGUCCCCUGUGGAACAAGUGGAGGAGUGAUGAUUUACUUUGACCGGAUAGAGGUGGUGAAUUUCCUGAUUCCCUCUGCAGUGUUCGACAUCGUGAGGAACUUCACGGCAGACUACGACAAGGCCCUGAUCUUCAACAAGGUCCACCACGAGCUCAACCAGUUCUGCAGCGUCCACUCUCUGCAGGAGGUCUAUAUCGGCCUGUUUGACCAGAUCGAUGAGAACCUGAAGUUGACCCUCCAGGAGGAUCUGAACUCCAUGGCUCCUGGCCUCAUCAUACAGGCCGUUCGUGUCACGAAGCCGGUCAUACCGGAGAGCAUUCGCAGAAAUUAUGAGCUCAUGGAGAGUGAGAAGACCAAACUGUUGAUCUCCCAGCAGACUCAGAAGGUGGUGGAGAAGGAGGCGGAGACUGAGAGGUUAAAGGCUGUGAUUGAGGCGGAGAAGGUUGCCCAGGUGUCAGAGAUCAAGUUUGGACAGAAGGUCAUGGAGAAGGAGACGGAGAAGAAGAUCUCUGAGAUAGAAGACGCCGGCUUCCUGGCCAGGCAGCGCGCCCGGGCCGACGCCGAGUUCUACACCGCCAACCGGCUCGCCGAGGCCAACAAGAUGAAGCUGACCCCAGCCUACCUGCAGCUGGUGAAGUUCCAGGCCAUCGCGGCCAACAGUAAGAUCUACUUCGGGAGCGAGAUCCCCCACAUGUUCGUGGACUCCGGCGCCAAGUGGUCGGGCGCGGCCGCCGGCAUCACCGACACCUUCGGGACAGACCUGGACCUGGACCGGGACUAGACCCUCCCCCACCGGGGUAGGGGCCUGGAACACUGCCCUAACCAAGCCCCCCACCUCAGACCUCCUCCCUAUCCAUUAAAACCCCCCUCUUACCCCACCCCACCCCCCCUCCCAUCCAUCACCAACAGGUGGCCCCCAUCUCCGCGCUGUGUGUCCGGGUCGAUACCAGCACUGUGACCCAGGGAAGGACCCCGCGGUCAGGAGGCCAACACCCUCCAUUAAACCAAAGGAGUGAACGCAGAAGGCCUGAGUUGAUGGGUAAUAUGGGAUGUGGGGCUAGAACGAGUUCCUUUGACAGGCUGGAUAAUUAAAUGGUUGUAGCUGUUAUAGUUGUACCAUCUAUAGCCCUGAUGUGAGGGUCAGUUAUAACAUGAGCGCGGUCUAAAAUAUUCUGUUGUUAUAAUAUCAUGCAAAAGGCUUCUAUAAUCAAAUCCAGGUGCCCAAAUAUGGUGACGAUUUAUGAGAAGUCGCGUGACUUCUCAGAAUCACCCACAUGCGGUGGGAACUGGCACGGGCUGCAGUCUGAGGAUGAUGUCAUAUCCCCUCUUGAUUCUCCUGUUUACUUUUCUGGAAGCAACUUCAAGGAACCUUUCAUUUUAUUCGGGGACGAUUUGAUUAAAGUUGUUUGUACGGGUUGUAGCACUGACCUGAAGCUGGGCUGAAUUAAGCUCAUGACCACUGAUUCUACUGAGAGAGAGGUAGUUAGCUGUUUUGUGCGUUUCUCUUGAAUCAUGACUUUCUUACAUUGUUUUCAGUUAAAAAACGUCCCUCUGAAGCAUCCAAUCAUGGAUGCCCAGUAAGAAUCAAUGUCUCCCAGUUGAAUGAAUGUUUCCACUCUGCAGUACUGAUCAGCAACUAACGGUCCUGGGGUCCCCAGACCAGUUUGUCUUCAGGCUCAGGUCCUGGGGUCCCCAGACCAGUUUGUCUUCAGGCUCAGGUCCCCAGACCAGUUUGUCUUCAGGCUCAGGUCCCCAGACCAGUUUGUCUUCAGGCUCAGGUCCCCAGACCAGUUUGUCUUCAGGCUCAGGUCCUGGGGUCCCCAGACCAGUUUGUCUUCAGGCUCAGGUCCUGGGGUCCCCAGACCAGUUUGUCUUCAGGCUCAGGUCCUGGGGAUCCCUCCAAAAUAUUCAACAUAACUUUUCACCUUUUUGUAUUUGUCCCAUUUUCUAUACUUUUUUCGCUAGCAAAAUUUGGCUAUUACGUUAUUAAAAACGGCUUUUUAUGUUAGGUUUAAUUUGUAGUGGUUUUAUCUUUUAGUGGUCCCUAGUCCAGCAAGCAGAAGCUCAGGUGCAUCUAGACCCUAAACCUGGCAGGUGUUCAGACCAGGUGCAUCUAGACCCUAAACCUGUCGGGUGUUCAGACCAGGUGCAUCUAGACCCUAAACCUGUCAGGUGUUCAGACCAGGUGCAUCUAGACCCUAAACCUGUCAGGGCUCAGAUUCUGAAGAAGAUCUGUUCCUCGUCUCCAAUAACGCUGCUUUGUGUGUGUGUGUGUGUGUGUGUGUGUGUGUAUGCUUUUGUGUGUGUGUGUGAUGAGAUGAAGGACCACAUUCUACUUAAAUAAAGACAUAACCUCCCUAAUACAAGUUUAUAUGUUUGAGAAACCGACGCUUGCUCAAGUUCUUCUGAAAUCUGUGUUUUUAGGAUUUUAAUUCGGGUAAAACUAAUUUAUAAUUUGUGCGUCCAUAUUUCUUGUCUACACUGGUCUCAAUGUUUUUUUUUCACUACCUGGGCUUAAAAAUGUGUUAGUUUUGUGAGUUGUUCAUACCCUCUUGUUAUAAUGUCAGAUAGCAGAAUUCAAUUGUCGGAGCUGGGAUUUAUGCUACACCAUACUGCUACUUUAACACACACACACCAUCGUGUUCAUUUAGCUUCAUUGCACGUUUUUCAUGGACUUCUGGCAGCAUUUUGAAAUUUCUUCAUAAUUCCGUGACCUUUGACCUUUGCUAAGGUUCCCUCGACGUUCUACGAAAAAAAUCAAAGGUCACUUAGGUAUCUUUGAUUCACUUUUGAAUGUGCAAUGAAAAUAUUAUGAAAGUGUCAAUAAAGAUUGUUUGUGUUUUAUUAAA